AUGAACGAAACAGAUCCGCUUUUGGCCCAGAAAAUCACCCGCAGUGGGUCGGUCUUCGACGACAAUACCAUGCAAGAAGCACGGCGAGCUUCUCUGGCGUCGCUGCGCUCUGCGUCGCUCCGCCAGAAUGCUGCAGACAACGAUGGAUUUCAGGGUUCGUCCGCGGUGGACGAUGGCACUGACGCUGAGGACAUGAGCGUAAUGAGUCCUCGCAAGGCCCGGGUUAUGGUGGCCACGCUGUUUGUGGGCAGUUUUCUCGCAGCUCUGGACAUGACGGUGGUGACCACGCUGCUGCCGAGCAUCGCGUCGGACCUGGAAGCCAGUUCGCAGAUGUCGUGGAUCGCCACGUCGUAUCUGCUGUCGUGCAGCUCAUUCCAGCCCAUGUAUGGGAAACUAUCGAACGUGUUGGGCCGUCGUGAGCUUUUGGUGGCCUCCAACCUGUUUUUCGCCGUUGGGUGUUUCCUCUGUGGUUCCCGUUUCUCGUGUAAUAUCUGGACGUUGUCCAUUGCUCGCUUCAUUGCUGGUAUUGGCGGUGGUGGCAUGUCCACGCUCAUGACCAUUGCUGUGAGCGACAUUAUUCCUCUUAGACAGCGGGGUUUGUACCAAGGAAUCGGGAACAUUUUCUUUUCGCUUGGCUCUGCUUCGGGUUCCAUUCUCGGUGCUGCUUUGCAAAAGACCGUCGGCUGGCGGUGGGCUUUUCUCGUGCAAGUGCCCGUGGCCCUUUUUAGUGCUGCUCUAGUGUACCGUGUGCUGAUCCUUCCCGACCACUCCCCCGGCCGAGGUGUUGUAUGGCUCGAAAUGAAGGAGAAGGGCCAUUUUGACUGGAAUCGCAUCCCACAAAUGAUCGAUUUCCUAGGUUGUGCGUCGUUGGUAUCCACUAUGCUAAUCCUAAUGAUUGGAAUCACAUUUUUGGACCAUCCCGAAGCACUGGGGAUCACCAGCUGGUUGGCGUUGCUAGUCCUUCUUGUCCUGGCAGCUGCCAUAUUCGUGCGUACCGAAUUGACGGUAGACAAUCCCGUCGUUCCCUUGCGCCUGGUGAUGCGCAAUAGAACCGUACUGUCGUCCUCUUUUACCAAUUGGUUCUGCACUAUGGCUACUUUUGCUGCGAUGUACUACAUGCCAGUUUUCUGGCAAAGCGUCUACGGUCUAAGUCCCUGGCAAGUGGGGCUGAGGUCCAUUUCAAACUUUAUCGGCAUUUCCCUUGGGUCCAUGGCCUCGGGAAUCUACAUGAAGCGCACAGGAAAGUACCGUCUUUACUCGUUGGUCAUCUACACCCUCUUUGUCUUUGGCAUGUUCACUCUUCUCCUGUCCACUUUUUACAAAAAGCCGUUUGGGUACGUCGACUACAUCGUCAUGUUUUUGCCAGGUUUAGGGUACGCCACAAUGUUGACGGUAACAUUGUUGGCGUUGAUCGCCAGUGUGGAUUUCGCCCACCAGGCCCAGGUUACGUCUAUCCAGUAUGCUUUCAGAGCAACAGGCUCCACGUUCGGCGUGGCAGUAGCCGGUCUAGUCUACCAAGCAGGUCUUAAAUACAGACUAGGCAAUGCAGUCUUGAAAAAUGCCGAGCUUAUCAACAAAUAUGGUCUCGAUCAGCUCAAAGUGUGGUGUCAAGAAAUAGUGAAUGACAAUCUCUUUGAUACGUCUUUCGAUAAAACUCUGCAUACUACGUCAGUGGGCUCUUUUAUGUUCGGGAGUCAAGCAGCCAUCGGUUUCGCCUUAGCAAUGGCAUUCAUGGGCCUCUUAGCCAGUCUCUUCACCAGAGAACAUGUUUUGCAUACCUCGAUUCCCUCGAAUAGCUCAUAA